AGUCGGAGACAGGCAGGGAACCGGCAACUAGGCGCUAGCGUGCUGGCGCGGACACUUGAGGCACAACCUCCUCCUCACUGAACCCGAGUCCACGUCCCUCCGAGGCUGCAGCCAUGAAGGAGAGACGGGCACCGCAGCCAGUGGUGGUCAGAUGUAAACUCGUGCUGGUGGGAGACGUGCAGUGCGGGAAGACGGCGAUGUUACAGGUGCUAGCGAAGGACUGCUAUCCCGAGACAUAUGUGCCUACCGUGUUUGAGAAUUACACAGCCUGUAUGGAGACAGAGGAACAGCGAGUGGAGCUUAGUCUCUGGGAUACCUCAGGCUCUCCUUAUUAUGACAAUGUCCGGCCACUCUGCUACAGCGACUCAGAUGCAGUCUUGCUAUGCUUUGACAUCAGCCGUCCAGAGACCAUGGAUAGUGCACUCAAGAAGUGGAGAACAGAAAUCCUAGACUAUUGCCCCAGCACACGUGUUCUGCUUAUUGGCUGCAAGACGGAUCUUCGAACGGACCUGAGUACUCUAAUGGAAUUGUCCCACCAGAAGCAGGCGCCCAUCUCCUACGAGCAGGGCUGUGCGAUAGCCAAGCAGUUGGGCGCAGAAAUCUACCUGGAGGGCUCGGCUUUCACUUCAGAGACGAGCAUCCACAGCAUCUUCCGGACAGCAUCUAUGGUGUGUCUGAACAAGCCUAGCCCAGUGCCCCCGAAGAGCCCUGUCCGAAGCCUCUCCAAGCGACUACUCCACCUCCCCAGCCGUUCUGAACUCAUCUCGUCUACAUUCAAAAAGGAAAAGGCCAAAAGCUGUUCCAUCAUGUGAAGCUGGAGCUGGAGGCGGGGGAGACAGGCCCCCACUUCCUCCCUUGGGGUGCAGAGGCACGGGGAGAGGGAGGAUGAGACAGCUUAAGACACCGGAUGUGACGUUUUCAGAUGGCCACAGAGGGCUUUAGGAGACAGGAAUGGAACUGAAGAAGAUGUCAGGCCUGGCAGGAGGGCCUGACUUUAAGCAAGAACCAUCACACCCCAAGCCAGGCACUAGGCUGUGGAGGGGGUCGUUACCCCAGUGUCCCCCUACUCCAAAGGAAGGACGGGUACUGGGGAGAUGGGGACAUGCUGGCCUCACCUUCGACAUCACGCCUCUUCCACACAGCGUUCCCAUGCAGGCUUGGGGUGGGCAGGGUCCUUGAUCCCUUCCCUUCCCCUUUAAGAAGCGGCAAUGGACUGGAGAACGGGAAGCCGGGAGGCAGCUCCCUUGGGGGCUUAACCCAGAUGCUUUAUCACUGAAACCAGGAGGGCGAGGGCUGACCAGACCUAAGAAGGAAACCUCAUCUUUGCAUAGCCCGUGCCUCAUGGAGAGGUGGCAUCAUACAUUCACAUACUUCUCACUGAAGUCCCCGGGGCCCAAGGGAGAAGCCCCAGGCCCCCUUCUCUUGAAGAAUGUGGGGGUGGUGGUGCUGUGGAGGCAGGACUGAUGGAGGAUCACCAGACUUCCUGCCCUUCGGGCGGUACAGUUGGCAUUUGUUUUAUAGACUCUCGUCUUUGGAAUUGGGGGGAGGGGUGCGCUUCAAUCUGUUAUAUGUUUGUGUUUAAAGAAGAAAACCUAUUUAUUAAUGAAAUAUAACAUAUGAAAAAGUUGG